CUGGACCAUCCAUCCCCUCAGUAGUGGCAUAUCCUAAAAGAAGCCAGACUAGUACUACAGACAGUGACCUCAAAGAGGAAGGAAUUCAGUCAAGAAAAUCCAGCAGUAGUGCUGUUGCAGGAAGAGGAAUUGCACCAGCUAGUCCAAUGCUUGGAAAUGCCAGCAAUCCCAAUAAGGCUGAUAUUCCUGAACGUAAGAAAAGUUCAGCUGUUCCUAGUAAUAAUACUGCCCCUGGAGCAAUGACACGGCGCAACACAUAUGUUUGUAGUGAAAGAACCACUGCUGAUAGGCAUUCAGUGAUACAAAAUGGCAAGGAGAACAGCCUGACAGAAAUGUUCGCUUACGCAGCUAGCCCUGCUUCAGUUUGUACUACAUCCUUCUCCAGUGUUCGGCUGCGACAUCAGAAGUCGAUGUCCAUGUCAGCCUCUGUGCACACGAAGAUGAUGUUGCCUCCAAUAGACAAUGGCGCAGAUAACUUCAGGCCUAUCACUAUUCCCGAUCAAAGAACUCCUGUUGCUUCAACUCACAGCAUUAGCAGUGCAACCACACCUGAUCGUAUUCGUUUCCCCAGAGGAACAGCUAGUCGGAGCACUUUCCACGGCCAGCUCAGAGAGCGACGUACUGCUACCUACAACGGACCACCAGCCUCUCCCAGUCUAUCCCAUGAAGCAACACCACUCUCACAGACUCGAACCAGGGGUUCCACUAAUCUAUUUAGUAAACUAACUUCAAAACUAACAAGAAGAAACAUGUCAUUCAGGUUUAUCAAAAGGCUCCCGACUGAAUAUGAGAGGAACGGGAGAUUUGAGGGCUCAAGCCGCAAUGUAGCUGUGGAUCAGAAGGAUGAGAACAAGGAAGCCAAGCCUCGGUCACUGCGUUUUACCUGGAGCAUGAAAACCACCAGCUCCAUGGAUCCCAAUGACAUGAUGAGAGAAAUACGAAAGGUCCUGGAUGCCAAUAAUUGUGACUAUGAACAAAGAGAGCGGUUUUUGCUUUUCUGUGUCCAUGGAGAUGGGCAUGCGGAAAACCUUGUACAGUGGGAGAUGGAGGUGUGUAAACUGCCAAGACUGUCCCUGAAUGGAGUUCGCUUUAAGCGGAUAUCGGGAACAUCCAUAGCUUUUAAAAACAUUGCUUCCAAAAUUGCCAAUGAAUUAAAGCUGUAACAAGAAAAAUAGUUAAGUUGUAAAUUAGUUAGCAAUUUCAAGUGUUUUUGAGAAUUCCGAUGGAAAUGUAUAGAAUAACAUUUAGGCAAUAACUUCUGCAUCCUUCUGAAUAGUGAUAUUAAAAAAAAAAAGCUGCUGAGCUAGGAGGGAGAGUUGGACUUUUUUAUAAGUGCACUACAGCAUUAAAGUUGCCUACUAUGUAAAAUACUACCCCUUCUGCUUUAUUUCCAUUGCUCCUAAGUCUUUGACAACAAAUUGAAACACAGAAUAUAUUCAUUUAAAUAUGCCUCCUGUUUGUGUGGAUGUGUGAAUGUACAGUAUGUGUGUAUAAUAUGUAAAGUAUUAUAUGUAAACAAUUCAUUUACAACAUCGAGCUGUACCAGUACCUCUUUUUGGGCUAAUUUUGGUGCUAAAAAUUGAAAUGGCCAAGGAGGAAACACUUGAGUUAAUAUUUAAAAUAACUGAAGCGACAACCAGUAAAUGCAGGUUUACAGUUCACUGCUGUGUUAAGGAAAAAAAAAAAAAAAAGUGUGUGAAGGGUUUGGAUUUACGGUUGUGAACAUUAUUAGUCCUGUUUUCUAAGUAGAUCUCGUGAGAUUAUUAAAAAUUCACUUUUACUGAGUA